CCCGCACCGGGCGAGCAGAGCUCGGCGCCGGCUCCAUCCAUGGCAGAGGCAGCUCCGCCGCUGGCAGCCGGCACGAGCAGAGCCCCGGCAGCCCGGCCCGCGGCGCAGCCAUCGCUCGUCGUUUAAAUGCCUUCUUCCCCCGGUGAUGCGGAUGCGGAGAAGGCAGCAAACCCCCCCCCGGCUGUGCGCUCCCUGCCCUGGCUGCUCCUGUGCGCGGCGGGGAGCGCUGCUUAGGGGACAGAGCAGCCGGGAGGGGUGACACGGGGCGGGGGACAGCGCGGAGGGGCUGCGGGUCGCGCCUCCACGGGGCAUGUCACGCGUGGGAGCGGCCCUCCAGGAGCAGAAUAUGGCUGGUGUUUGAUGAUGCUGGGGCUAGCGGUUAGGAUCCAGAAGGAUGGUAUGCCACUGUGUGGGCUGAGUUAGAAAGCAAAGUCUCUCGCAAUGAAUCCACGGCAGCUUCGAUUGAGCAGUGAGCUGGAGCACCUACCCACAGGCCACUCCUCGAUGUGACUGCAAAGAGGCCCUUGCCAGCACUGGGAGAGCAGAUCUGUGGAUUUACCCCCCAUGCAACCGCAUACCCCCCGGCACCACGAGAUUCCAGUGACAGAUGGAUCUCUCUCAUAUGCACUUGCUCUUUCCCUCUCUGUAUUUUUGUUUUCAACAUGUUUGAUCUGAAGCUCUGAAGCUUCUCAGAAGGAACCCGGGAGAAAAGGAAAAGAAGGAGGAGGAACUGAAGGGAGCGUGAGCGACAGAGGAGGCAGCCUUGCCUUAUUCUUCCAAAUCACACCGUGGAGGGGCGAGGGAAGACCCGAGGGGGGAGGGUUUGUGUUUAUUUUGGGGUGGGUUCGGUGUGGGAGGCAGGUGGGUGGAAAGACAUUGGAAAAGGUGAGAAAGUUGCUCAUGAACAUCGAAGAAGUUUCGUUUUCCUCCGUCUGAACUUUUGUUUAGAAAAGAAGCACAAGGUAGUUCUCUCCCAUAUCGUUCAUCCUUGGUCACAGUUGUUGAGUAUGCUGGAAGCAAAUUGCAUGCAUUCUCCUUGCUCCAUGUUCCUGGCUUGACCCAGAGGGCAAGAAGAAAUGAUGGUGAUGGCACCCAAAAGGACUGGGGUGCUCAUGCACUUCCAUUGCUAAGCCCCUAAUUAUUGCCCCUUUCACUUUCCUGUGCCUCUUACUUUCCUUUUGCUGUGGUCCUGGAAUUUGAAUUUUUUGUUGUUUUUUUCUUUCUUUCUUUCUUUUUUUUUACUUUUUACCUUUUUUGGUCUGAUGAAGGCACCACUGAAGACCAUGAUGUGCCUGGGGUUUUGGGCAGCUGCCCUGCUCUGCUUGUUUUCCCCUGGCACCGUGCGAGGUGACUGCUGGCUGAUUGAAGGGGACAAAGGCUAUGUGUGGCUGGCCAUCUGCAGCCAGAACCAGCCCCCAUACGAAACCAUCCCCCAGCACAUCAACAGCACGGUGCAUGACUUGCGUUUGAACGAGAAUAAGCUCAAAGUGGUGCUGUACUCCUCCCUCAACCGCUUCGGCAACUUGACUGAUCUGAACCUGACCAAGAAUGAGAUCUCUUAUAUUGAGGAUGGGGCUUUCAUGGGCCAGACAAACCUCCAGGUCUUACAGCUGGGCUACAACAAACUUACGAACCUGACAGAGGGCAUGUUGAGGGGCAUGGCCCGGCUUCAGUUUCUAUUUGUGCAGCACAACCUGAUUGAGCUGGUCACCCCUACUGCCUUCUCUGAGUGUCCCAGCCUGAUUAGCAUUGACCUGUCCUCAAACCGUCUCAGCCGCCUGGAAGGGAACACUUUCACCAGCUUGAGCAAUCUUAUGGUGUGUGAGCUGGCAGGUAACCCCUUCAACUGUGACUGCAGCCUCUACAGCUUUCUUAACUGGUUGGCGCUCUUCAACAACGUAACCAAGAACUAUGACCGGCUCCAGUGUGAAACUCCACGAGAGUUUGCUGGGUACCCGCUCCUGGUACCUCGGCCUCACCACAACCGCAAUGCCAUCACCAUCUUCCAGUCUAUGUGCAGAGGUGGCACCAUCCCCUCUCUCUCCAGGGUCAACCCCACUCCUUAUACCCCUGACUCCCAACGAGACCUGGAUGAGGGCUCAGCCAUCAGUCCUGGAGACUUCCUCUCUGUCAAGCCUCCAGCUUCUUCCACCACUGACUCCUCCUUCAGUCCCAGCAUCAAGCUCCAUGAUGUCACCAUCACUUCAGCCAUCCUGAUGGUAACCAUCCCCAUGCCCUACAGUAAGAUGUAUGUGCUGGUUCAGUACAACAACAGCUAUGUUUCUGACAUUGCAACACUGAAGAGCAAGAAGGAAUAUGUCACUGUCAACAAACUGAAGGCCCACACCGAUUACACUUUCUGUGUGGCCUCCAUCCGCAACAACAGACGCUAUAACCACACUUGCUUGACCUUUGCAACCAGGAGCAAAGGCAGGGAGGACCCUAUUUCCAGUACUUCCACCACCACCCACUACAUCAUGACCACCCUUGGUUGUCUCUUUGGGAUGGUCAUUGUCCUGGGGGUGGUAUACUACUGCCUGCGAAAGCGAAGGAUGCAGGAGGAGAAACAGAAGUCCCUCAAUGUAAAAAAGACAAUCCUAGAAAUGCGUUAUGGAUCAGAUAUUGAUACCAGUACCAUGGUCCAUCCUUCCCAGAAACUGGGUGAGCCACCAGUCAUCCCUGUCUCACGCAUGUCCUCUAUCCCUUCCAUGAUUGGGGAGAAGUUGCCCCCACCAAAGUCAAUGGAGACCGGGAUGGAGACCCCCAAAGUCACCACAAAAGGCAAUUACAUUGAGGUGCGGACUGGUGGUGGGGAUGGGCUGGAACGGACCCCACGGGAUGAGGAUCUGAGGGAGCUUGACAAUGGGCAAGGCUCAGCUGCUGAGAUCUCUACUAUUGCCAAGGAGGUAGACAAAGUCAACCAGAUCAUCAACAACUGCAUUGAUGCCCUCAAGCUGGACACAGCCUCUUUCCUGGGUGGUGGGACUGGCGUUGACUCAGACAUGGCCUUUGAGUGCCAGUCCAUACCUGCCAGUUCCUCGGGUGGGCUAGAGCGGCCCAGCUUUCUUUCCCCACCCUACAAGGAAAGCUCCCACCACCCUUUGCAGCGCCAGCUCAGUGCUGAUGCUGCUGUGGCCAGAAAAACCUGCAGUGUUUCCUCUAGUGGCUCCAUCAAGAGCGCCAAGGUUUUCAGCUUGGAUGUGCCUGACCACCCACCGCUGAGCAAAUCUGACUCCAAAUACAUUGAGAAGGGCAGCCCACUCAACAGCCCUUUGGAUCGUCUUCCCUUGGUGUCUCCGGGUGCCAUCCACCACCUGGAGGUCAAGCCCUCCUACCACUGCAGUGAGCACCGACACUCCUUCCCGGCCCUGUACUACGAGGAAAGCGCAGACACCUUGAGCCAGCGGGUGUCAUUCCUCAAGCCGCUCUCCCGCUCGAAGCGAGACUCCACAUACUCCCAGCUCUCCCCCAGACACUACUUCUCGGGUUACUCCUCCAGCCCUGAGUACUCAUCGGAGAGCACCCACAAGAUUUGGGAGCGAUUCCGGCCUUACAAGAAGCACCACAGGGAGGAGGUUUACAUGGCGGCUGGACAUGCCCUGCGGAAGAAAGUUCAGUUUGCCAAGGAUGAGGAUCUGCAUGACAUCCUGGAUUACUGGAAAGGAGUCUCUGCUCAGCAGAAGCUGUGACUCUUCCCUACUCUUUCCAAGAAAACAAUACAAAACAAGACCCCCUCCCCCAACAACCAGGAAAAAAAAAAAAUACCACUUGACUGUGAAAAAUAAACCAACAACAAAAUACUCCGACAAAUACAAAACUGACAGAAUCGUUUCUUAAAGUUUACAACAACAGAAAACUCUCUCUCUCACACACACACAGACACACACACACACACACACAAGCCGAAUUGUCUCUACUGUGUUACGGGGACCAUUGUUCUGCCUGCAGAUGGUUGGGAGGAGAGUCCUGCUCUGACACUGUGGUAACAACACUGGAGCGUGUGUGGGUGGGACUGGCCUGGGAGGAGGUGGCAGCGGUGACCGGGGUGAGGCAGGGACGGACAUUCACUGGGAAUGGAACUGAGCUAUGAAUUACUGCUCUUUCUGUUUCUCUUGAUGAUUGAAAGCUGAUUUUUCUUUUCAGUGGGAGGGGAGGACUUUGGUUUAGAAAGCUUCUCUGCCCACUUGAUACAUAUGUUUUCCAAAUCUUUCAUCACACUAGUUUUCCCCCACUUCCUUUGGCAGUGGAAGCGUUUCUCUCUCACUCCUCACCUUCCAAGACAGGUAGGAUUUGUUGGAAGAAGCUCUCUCCUUUUCCUUUUACUCUUCCCUAUCCAUCUCUGUUAGGGGUUCUUUGCACUUUUUAAAUAAAUAUUGCAUGAACUUCCA